AUGUCAGACCUCUUCGACAUCAACGCCCUGGCCCUGCGCCUCCAACAGCGAAACCUCCCCCAGCCAUCCCCCCAAAAAGCCCACACCCUCCCGCCCAUCGCCCUCAUCCACGCCGCCUCCGCCGCCCUCCCCAAGUCCUCCGACCCGGCCUUCCUCUCCGGCCAGCCCGCCGCAGACGUCGCCCGCCACAUCACCGAGCACAUCGUGCCCGCGCUGUGCGGCCAGUCGCAGUCGAGCCGCUACUUCGGCUUCGUCACCGGCGGCGUGCUCCCGCUGGCGGAAUGGGCCGACAACGUCGUCUCCCGCACCGACCAGAACGUGCAGGUCCAUCUGCCCGAGCAGACCGUGUCCACCAUGGUCGAAGACUCUGCGCUCGAGAUGCUGACUGGUCUGCUGCGCCUGGACGCCGGGCGGUGGAAGGGCCGGACUUUCACGACGGGGGCAACGGGCAGCAAUGUCCUCGGGUUGGCCUGCGGGCGGGAGGCUGUUCUCGCCAAGAGGGGCGCGUCGGUGGGCGAGCUCGGUCUGCUGCGCGCCUGUGUCAAAGCCGGAGUCUCCGAGAUCCAGGUCCUCACCAGUGGAGGCCAUAGUUCGCUCUCCAAGGCGGCGAGCGUUGUUGGUCUGGGGAGAGCUUCCGUCAAGGAGCUUCCUCGGAGCGCUGCUCAGCCGUGGAAGUUGGAUCUUGACGCGGUUGAGAAAGAAAUGAGUCGGCCUGAAACAGCAAGCAUCAUUGCUGUUAGCAUGGGCGAGGUGAACACCGGCGGUUAUGCUCUCGAUGAUGUCGACGAGUGGAAGAGGUUGAGAGGACUGGCAGAUCGACAUGGGGCGUGGAUCCAUGCGGAUGGGGCCUUUGGAAUUUUCUGUGCUGUUUUGGAAGAUCGAGACGAAUAUCGGCUGCUUCACAAGCGAGUGAAGGGCAUGGAUCUGGCCGACAGCAUCACAAUCGAUGGCCAUAAGAUGCUCAAUGUUCCAUACGACUGCGGCAUGUUCCUCACCCGCACCUCGUCCAUCCUGGAAUCCGUAUUCGUCAACCCCAACGCCGCAUAUCUCUCUUCAGGGCCAAAAGCCAGUAUUCCGUCUCCUCUCAACGUGGGCCUCGAAAACUCGAGACGCUUCCGCGCGUUGCCAGCCUACGCCGUGCUCCUCAGCGAGGGUCGUCCCGGCUUCGCUGGGUUAUUCCACAACAUGGCCCAGCUGUCUCGGAAAUUGGCCGUCUUUCUGCGCGAUUCGCCGUAUUAUGACCUGCUGCCCGACGAGAGCGGCGAUGUAGAAGAUGUUUUCAUCAUUGUCCUGUUCAGGGCCAAGGAUAAGAGGCUCAACGACGAAUUGGUGGUGAAGAUUAAUGCGACGAGGCAGUUGUACGUAAGUGGGACCAGCUGGAGGGGCGAAAAGGCCGUGAGGGUGGCCGUGUCGAACUGGAGGGUCGAUGUCGAGCGGGAUUUCAAGGUGGUGACGACGAUUCUGAACGACGUUGCCGAGGGCAGAGAAUUCGAUAUCGAGAAGUAUGUAUAG